UUUAUGGCUUCUUCACCUGGGAAUCCAAAUCAACAGCAGCAAAGUAACCAUUUUGAUUUGCAGAAACUAUUCAAAGGAACAACACCACCAACCCCAAAUCCUUCUUCUUCUUCAUCUUCUUCAAACUUGAACUCUUCACCAUCAUUCCCAGCUCCUUCACCUUCAACACCACCUCCUUCUUCAUACCCUACACCUUCUUCUUCUUAUCCUCCACCCACUGGCACAUACCCUUAUCACCACCAAUUUCCUCACUUUCUUCCUCCUUAUCCAAAUCUCCAACACUUCCAACAACAGCAACAGCAACAAGAACACCCUUUUGUUCUUCACCAUCAGCAGCAGCAGCAGCAGCUUCCUCAAAUGAUUUCUCCUCAAAGACCAGUUUUUCAGCAGCAGCAAUCCUCAUCAUCACCUUCACCUUCUCCUUCAUCACCAUCACCACAUGUUCCUACAUCUCCUAAUAGUGGUGCUCGCCUUAUGGCCAUGUUAGGCACCCAAAACCCUCAAUCCAAUCAAGAACAAUCAGUUAUGAAUCAAUCACCAUCAUCAAUAGCAUCAACAUCACAAUCUUCUGCAUCAGCAUCAGCACCACCAGUUCCUAUGGUUUCUGAUUUCUUAAUGCCUGGCACUUCAAACCACCCUGCUGCAGUGUUGUUGCCCUCAUCCGGGUCGCAGCCGCCGCAGGCUUUGCCGGCCGGUGUGGUUAGCCCUCAGGGCAGCACCCCAAUGAGGAUGCUGAGCAGUAAACUCCCAAAGGGGAGACAUUUGAUUGGAGAGAAUGUUGUUUAUGACAUUGAUGUUAGGUUGCCAGGGGAAGUGCAGCCUCAGCUUGAGGUCACUCCCAUCACUAAGUAUGCCUCUGAUCCUGGCCUUGUUCUCGGCCGCCAAAUCGCCGUGAAUAGGUCUUACAUAUGCUAUGGACUCAAGCUUGGUGCCAUCAGAGUCCUUAAUAUUAAUACUGCAUUGAGAUAUUUGCUUCGGGGUCAUACUCAGAGAGUAACAGACAUGGCUUUCUUUGCUGAGGAUCUACAUCUGUUGGCCAGCGCAAGCACUGAUGGGAGAAUUUUUGUUUGGAAGAUUAAUGAGGGUCCCGAUGAGGAAGACAAACCUCAAAUUACUGGUAAAGUGAUCACAGCCAUUCAAAUAACAGGGGAGAGUGACUCAGUUCAUCCACGAGUAUGCUGGCAUCCUCACAAACAAGAGAUUUUAAUGGUUGCUAUUGGAAACCGUAUCCUCAAAAUUGACACUAUGAAAGCCGGAAAAGGUGAAACUUUUUCUGCAGAAGAGCCUCUCAAAUGUUCAAUUGAUAAGUUGAUUGAUGGGGUGCAGCUUGUUGGUAAGCAUGACGGCAAUGUCACUGAGUUGUCAAUGUGCCAAUGGAUGAAGAGUCGGUUAGCUUCAGCAUCGGCAGAUGGCACGGUGAAGAUAUGGGAAGAACGUAAGUCAACACCACUUGCUGUUAUAAGACCACAUGAUGGUAAACCGGUUAAUUCCGUGACAUUCUUGACUGCCCCUCACCGCCCUGAUCACAUCAUUCUUAUCACAGCGGGCCCACUAAAUCAGGAAGUGAAGAUAUGGGUGUCUGACAACGAGGAAGGCUGGUUAUUGCCUAGUGAUUCCGAGUCAUGGAAUUGUAUUCAAACUUUGGAUAUAAGAAGUUCUUAUGAAACUAACCCCGAGGAUGCAUUCUUUAAUCAAGUUGUAGCACUGCCACGAGCUGGUUUGUUUCUGCUAGCAAAUGCCAAGAAAAAUACAAUAUAUGCUGUACAUAUAGAGUAUGGAGCGAAUCCAACUGCUACUCGUAUGGAUUACAUUGCUGAAUUCACGGUCACAAUGCCUAUACUAAGUCUUACAGGAACUAGUGACAUGUUACCUGAUGGUGAGCAUAUUGUACAGGUGUAUUGUGUCCAAACUCAAGCUAUACAACAAUAUGCGCUCAAUUUGUCACAAUGCUUGCCUCCGCCAUUGGAUAAUGUUGAAGUUGAGAAAACAGAAUCUAAUCUAUCACGUGGUGUUGAUGCUUUGGAUGCGUCUGCUAAUAUGGAAACUGCAAAUGUGCCACAAGUUAAUCCUAGCAGCUCUGAAAGUGCUCCUGUUGUAAGUGCUCCUGUAAGCUUGCCUUCUUCAGAUAUUUCUGGUCUGCCUGAAGCAUCUACUUCAGAUCCCGAAACCAAGGAAAAUGAUUUGUCUUCUAAUAAUGGCUUUGAUCAUAUUAAUACUUCGGCACCUCCACUUCCUCUGAGCCCAAGAUUGUCCCAUAAGUUAUCAGGUUUGAAAGGUUCAUCAAAUAAUUUAGAAACUAUUUCAACCAGUGCAGAUCACAGUUUUGAGCAGCCAAAUUCCGAUCCUUCGGCUGAACGGAGAAUAGAGUCUGAGAAAGAUAAUACGGCUGAUGUGCCUGCGUCGGGUGACAGUUCUUUGAAGAAUAAUAGAGCCGUACAAAAUGAUGUCUCUGCGGUUUCUAAUGCCCCAACAGCAUUUAAACACCCGACUCAUCUGGUAACCCCAUCUGAGAUAUUCUCGAAAGCUACAUUAUCUUCUGAGAAUUCACUAACUUCCCAAGGGAUGAAUGUGAAGGAUGUUGCUGCCCAUAGCGACACAGAAAACCUUGAAGUAGAGGUUAAAGUGGUAGGUGAGACUGGUUUAAAUCAAGAAAAUACUGAAUAUGACAGAGACAGAGAUUCUUACACCAAUGUUGCCGAGAGGAAAGAGAAGUUAUUCUACUCUCAAGCGUCUGAUUUGGGCAUUCAGAUGGCCAGAGAUUCAUAUAACAUUGAGGGAGUACGUCCAGCUGAUAGUAUUAAGACGAUUGAUGCACCUGAUCAAAGCCGUAGCUCUAUUGAGGAAGAAGUUCAUGAAGUGAGUAAGGAUGUAUCUGCAAAUGAUGGUGAAUCAGAAACUGUGACUGCUACUUCACAAUCUCCAGCACCUGCCAUGAAAAGUAAAAAACAAAAAGGCAAAGGUUCUCAAGUGUCCGGUACAUCAUCUGCUAACCCCAGCCCUUUCAACCCGAUGGAUUCAUCAAAUGAUCAAAGUGGCAAUUCAGGAGGCUCAUCCAUUGAAGCGGCUCUACCACAGUUAUCCGCUAUGCAGGAUAUGCUGAGCCAGUUAUUAGGCAUGCAUAAGGAAUUGCAAAAGCAGAUGAAUGUGACAGUUUCCAUCCCAGUUACGAAGGAAGGCAGAAGAUUAGAAGGAUCCUUGGGCCGGAGCAUGGAGAAAGUUGUCAAGUCCAACACGGAUGCCUUGUGGGCUCGCUUGCAAGAAGAACAUGCAAAGCAAGAGAAGUUAGAGAGAGAACGUACACAGCAGAUAACAAACUUGAUCUCCAAUUUUGUGAACAAGGAUAUGGCAGCUGUAUUGGAGAAAAUCGUUAAGAAGGAAAUAUCCUCAAUUGGGCCAACUGUCACUCGUUCAAUUAGUCAAAUUAUAGAGAAAGCAGUAUCAUCAGCUGUCGCAGAGUCAUUCCAGAAGGGGGUGGGAGACAAGGCAUUGAAUCAACUAGAAAAAUCCGUUACUUCAAAACUUGAAGCUACAGUAGCUAGGCAGAUACAAGCACAAUUUCAAACUUCUGGCAAGCAAGCUCUUCAAGAAGCACUUAGGGGUAGUUUGGAAGCUUCAAUUAUUCCAGCAUUUGAGAUGUCUUGCAAAGCCAUGUUUGAGCAAAUUGAUGCCUCAUUUCAGAAUGGUCUUGCAAAGCACACAGCAGCUAUUCAGCAGCAGUAUGAUACUACUCAUUCUCCUCUAGCCAUAACUUUGAGGGAUACAAUUAAUUCAGCGUCAUCAAUCACUCGCACUUUGAGCGGGCAAUUGGCCGAGGGCCAGCGGAAACUGCUAGCAAUGGCAGGUAACUCCACGGCAUCUGCGGACCCCUUUGUAAUGCAAAUCAGCAGCGGUUUACAUGAGGUGGUGGCUGAGGAUCCUACCAAGGAACUAUCAAGGCUGGUGAGUGAGGGCAAAUUCGAGGAAGCAUUUACCGGAGCGCUUCAUAGAAGUGAUGUUUCAAUCGUUUCGUGGCUAUGUUCUCAGGUUGAUUUAACUGCAAUCUUGUCAUUGGUACCACUUCCAUUAAGCCAAGGAGUACUUCUGUCCCUGCUGCAGCAACUAUCCUGUGACCUGGGAACCGAUACACCAAGAAAAGUGUCCUGGAUGACAGAUGUGGCUGCGUCUAUCAACCCUACCGAUCCAAGGAUCGCAGCACAUGCCCGGCGGAUAUUGGAUCAAGUGUCCCGGACGCUAAACCACCACCGAAAUUUGUCAACGACCUCCCCUUCGGAAGCAAGCUCGAUGCGCCUUCUAAUGCAUGUCAUAAAUUCUGUGUUAUUGAGCUGUAAAUGACCUAAUUGUAUGUUAUUUGUGCAGAAAUUGUUGAAAAAGUAUCAACCUUUGGUUUGCAUGGAUAUCUAGAUAGAUUUUUUUCCUUCUUUGUUAGGUGGUUAAAGUGAACUACAGCAUGUGUAUGUGGCAGUUGUCUUUGGUGCAACUGAGAUGUGUGAAAUAGUUUCAAUGUUUGUUAUCUACA